GUCAAAAUGGCAGCUUCAUCUGGCUUGUAACGUAUUUAGUCGAUUUGAAUUUUUGUUUUGUGUACAUUCUCAUGGUGGUUUGUUAUUAAAAAAACAGGUAUUAAAAACAGUUUUAUAAAAAUAUUCUGACGAUGGCUGAUGCCAGUGAUAUUAUAGGAUACAUAAAAACGUUAAAAAAAGGUUUCGACAAGGACUUGUUUCAAAGUAAAAUAAAUGAAUUAGCACACAUCGCUGAUACCGUGGGAUUGGAGCACAGAGAGUUUCAUACUUUCGUGAAAAUAUGGUUGAAUUUGACUAUACCAUUUGCAAAAUGGACAUGUCUUGGUACUUGUUUGGUACCUGAAGACAUGAUAGAAGAGCGUACUAUAGAUUAUGUAUUCCAAUGGAUUCUGGCUAACUAUGGGAAUGAGAACAAUUUCUCCAAAAUAAAUUUUGUACUUGAUUGGAUUACUGCUGCAAUGGAGUAUGGGUGCAUUGACAUGACCACUUUAGACCUGGGAUAUGAGUUGUUCUACUCUAUGUUGACAUAUGAGGCGCUGACCCCACAUGUAAUGAAAUUGGUGUAUACUUUGACGAAGCCAUCAGAUGUGACAAGAAAGAGGGUGACAGAAUUGUUAGAAUAUGCAAAAAUGAGAGAGGGUAAAAAGAAUAUGUAUAGACAGCUGCAAGUUCUUUUGGGCCUUUUUAAGUCUUACAAACCAGAGUGUGUGCCAGAAGAUGUGCCUGCACUCUCAAUUCACACUGCAUUCAAGAAUAUAAAUGCUAAUCUCGUAAAUAAAUUUAAACAGUGUCAGGAGCGAAGGAAUAACACAUGCAGAGAGAAAGAACAUUUGAUGUGGAUGAAUCCAAUUAAUGCUAAAUGUGGAGGAAAUAAGAAAGCAGAUCCUUUAAUACCAAAUGUCGAGUUUUUCAAUAUUGGCGCAAAACAAUACGCAAAUAAAGAACCACCCAAGAAUUAUUUAGAUUUUUCUGAGCCAGUGUCGCUGCUGCAGUAUAGCCUGGCGCAGAGCACGAGCCGUCCGGCGCGGCUGCGGGCGCUGCUCGGCUCGUCGGCGGGGUUCACGCUGCUGGCGGUGGCCGCGCCGCACGAACACGCCUUCCUCUCGCACGACCUGCACCAUCUGCUCAACAUGAGUUUCCUCGACGUUUCACCACACAGUUAUGUUGAGAAGAAAUACUUGUUGCACCGCCUGGCACUCCUACAACGCACUCUGAUGCAAGGGAUACCUGUUAUCACGAGAUUUUUGGCGCAGUACUUACCUCUGUGGAACGAAAAGGAUUAUUUUUCAGAGAUAUUAGAAUUAGUGGAGUGGAUUAGCAUCGACUGUCCUGACCAAAUUGGGUACAUUGUGGGACCUCUCACAAAGACGUACCACAGAGCCCAGCCCAUCGAACAAUGCGCGAUACUCAGAAGCCUCACAAACAUGUACACCAAUCUUGUAUUUGGCAGUACGCGGCAACGACAGCACUUCAUGGGCGCCGGCUCACCGAACGGCAACUAUGCGUUGGUGCUGCCGAAACUCGCGGCCGAAAUAAGCGACAUGUGCGGGAAAGAACUACAGACAAACCCAGAGGACAUGCGCGCGGUGUGGAGCGCGGCGCGGUGCGCGCGGCGGCAGGCGGCGGCGUGGCGCGCGCGCGGGGCCGCGCCGGACGCGCUGCCGCCGCGCCUCGCGCUCUACCUGCCGCUGCUCGCGCCCUCCGCCGCGCUGCUCGACUACAUGGCCGCGCUCAUGAUACUGUACAAGAAAAUCUUCACCCGAAUGAAGUCGUUACUAACGCAAAGAGACGAGACCUACUGUCGUCAUAUAGAGACUCUACAAUCAUACACGGAGGAUAUGCUGAGCUGGCUUUACAGAUCCCAAGUCGUCUCCACCAUGGAAAUAGACGAGGAACGAACCAAAAAUUUACGACAAUAUGUACCAAAUGUUGACGACAUGUUGAGUAUAAAGAAUCAUCUGGCGUUCGCUCCGUACACAUACGCACACGUGAGCUAUGUAGACGACAGAGACGUUAACGACAAAGUGUGGUACGACACUGUAGUUCAACAGUUUCCAGAUCUGGACAGGUUUUUGAAGAUGGCUAUUCCUGAGUUGCGCUGAGUGUUUACGUUGUAAGGUUCAGUAUAAGAACAGGAAUGUGUCCAGCAAACUGCUGCAUGUUGCUAGACACAAUAUUUUUGGAUAGACGAAAGAAGUAAAAUACUUUAUAACGUGCUAUACUUAUCGUAUAUACAAACUAUAGUUUACAACAGUCUGUGUGACAUUUGCAACAGUCUGUGUGACAUUUGCAACAGUCUGUGUAAAAUAUAUGUAAUGAUUGUGAAAUGUUUACGCCUGUAUUUUAACGUUUCAUUUAUUUUUAAUGCUUUAAUAAGUAUAAUUUAAGUGAUCAGAAUGACUCCAAAAUCACACCUAAAGUAAUACUAAGCUUUUAUUUUUAUCUUGUGCGUUUAAAAACAGUGUUUUAAUUUCUUUCAUUACACUAAAAGAGCUAAUUUGAUUAAUUAAAUAUCUGAAUAAUUCACGUCAUUUUUAAAUAAAUUUAGAACUUUAAAUCUAGUACUUAUCUUUUCUCUAACCUCAAAUUGGAAAUUGUGAAGAAUGGUUAUGCCAGAAAAAAAACCAGAGUACAAAUUUAAACAUUAUGACAAUUAUAUUAAGAAUCAUUUUCAGUUUUAUUUUUGAAUAAUAUAUAAUUUCGCUGUAAAUAAAUGUGCUGACAAUUUAAUAACUUUUGUAAUAAACAUUAGUUGUUUACAA